CGCCAAGCGGCCGCAACGCAAGCAGAGAGCUCUCCUACAAAACGGCUAACGGUACUGUGAGUGGAUGUGAAUCGUUUCGUUUCGUCUCCGUCUCCGUGUGUUUCUCGUCUCUCGUUUUACUUUUCGGCUAUCCACCGAUAUACAUAUACAAUUUUUUUUUUGCUCUUUCGCACUUCGUCGUUCAUUGAUCGUCUCGUCGCAGCAUCCAAUUCACCAAUAUCGUGCACCUGUGUGAGGUGUGUGUUUCUGUGGCACGUGUGUGUGUGUGUGUGCGACUCUUUUUUUAUGUGUGCGUUUGUUUGUGUUUUAGAGUGAAAUGGAAUUUGUUGAAUGUUAAUUGCACGCAGCAGGCUGCCGGCAAACACCAGCAACAGCACCAGCACCAGCACCAGCAGCAGCAGGAGAAAAUCGUUGAUAAAUAGACAAUAAAAUAAAACAAAGGCCAGAGACGCCGCUUCAAUUAGCCUUGUCAAUGAACCAGUGACACCAUCAUCGGCAUCACCAUCAUUAGCGAGCAGAAACCGAGAGCAGAUAUGACAGAGACAAGCAGCCACCAAGCAGGCCCCGGCGGGGAUUUCAAUGGCCGUCACUCGGCCUCGCCGGCACGCACCAUAGACUCGCACGACUCCACCACAGGCAGCAUGGACACCAUUGUGGACCGCAGCCUGAACCGGGAGGAGCUCUUGCAGGUGGCAACCAGCACCAUCGAACAGAGCACCAACACCACCAACAUGGGGCCAGGCGGCAGCCUGACCAACUCACAGAUUGGGAUCCUUCAGCGAGACCAGCAGCAGCAGCAGCAGCAGCAGCAGGAGGAGGAGGAGAUGCAGCUGCAGGAGCAGGAGCAGGCACGUCAGGAUGCCCAGAGUCACAUCUAUUCGAGUCCCGUCUACGACGAGAAGCCGCCGCCGUUGAAGCUGACGGGGGCCUCCCUGCUCGCCGCUGCCAUGGACCUAGACGCAGCCAAGGCCAGGACCAACAGCCAGAUCCUGGACGAGGCUAAGAAGCCGAAGCUCAUCUCGCACCAGGAGUUCAAGCAACAGCUGGAGGAGGCCAUGGCCACGCGCCAUCCGGCUCAGGCGGGAACUCUGAGCGCGAAGAGCGCGGCCAACAACACCAUCGACUCGCGGAUCAGCAAGAAGCAGCGCUGCCCUCCGGAGUUCAUCAAGUACAAGGGGGGGUCCGGCGGCAGCGAUGGAGGCAGCGGCGAUGGGGCCAGCUCCACUCUAUCGGCAAAGGCACGCCGCAAGCGACGGGCAAGCAACGAGUGCUGCUCGGCAUUCCCGCUCCAGAUCGUGCUCGGAACACUGCAGCUCGUCUUGGCCAUCUCCCUGGUGGCGCUCGGCUCGCUGCUGAUCGUGCGCGAGGCGGCCUUGUCGAUGGCCGGCUGCGGCAUCUGGACGGGCCUGAUCGCGGCCGUCACCGGAUCCCUGGGCGUGGUCAGCAUGCGCAAGACGCAGACGGCCUUCCUGGCCCUCAGCCUGGUCUGCAUUGCCAGCAGCACGCUGGCGCUGGCCAUUUCGGGCGUGGGCCUCUCUCGGGACCUCAACCGCAUGGCCGAGCAGAAGGGAGAGCAGUUUGACCUGAUGAAUGCCAACAGUGAAGUUUCCGCUGCCUGUGGCUUGAUAUUCACCUUGUUUUUGCACUUUGUGGUCAGCAUUGUGUCAGUCUAUCGCUGUGCGCUGCAGAUUUGCACCAAAUCGGAGCACAGCGAGCUACGCGACGUCAUCAUUAAGUCAAAGGCCUCGGGCAUAGCCCUGGAUCAACAGAAGGUGGACCAGUACAUCAAGGCCAUGUCCCUCAACGGCAGUGAAAAGGCCAACACCGAGAAGCUGGCGGCCAUGUGGAUGUACGCCACGCAGAUGGGCAGCCUGCCGCCACCUUCGGUGCGCAAGCUGACGCCUCCCUCCCGUUCCAUAAUGCUCAUUCCCUCCACCGCUGGAAGUGGACUGCCACCGCCGCCGCCCACACGCCUGCCCCCACCCCCGCCUGGCACCGGAGCGGGGCUGCUGCUCCCAGUGCCUCCACUGGCGCCGCAUUAGGGGAUGACGCUGCCCUACAUGCGACCUGGACCCGGCUCCCUGAUCUACGCCCAUCCGGCCAGCCUCAGCGGCACCUACCGCACCCACAAGAGCACCAAGUCGGCCGAGCUGAAUGGUCAGCGCAGGCGCCGCCGGGCAGGCAAAUCGGACGCCAAUCGCCGCCAGCGCCGCAAGUCCGAGGCGGACGUCCUCGACGGAGCCCCCAACUUUCAGUACACGGGCCUGGACCGGGCCAUAGCCGACAGCUUCCUGGCCCGCCAGGAGCAGUCACAGGCCGGCAGUCACAUCGAUUACUCCUCGUCAGCGUCCUCGGAUCUGUACGGGGGCCAGCGUGCCUCCUCCAAAACGAAGAUUGUCUGUCGCGAUGUGGUGAUGUGAGGAGGAGCACCACCACCACCACCCCCCCUCUCUGUACAUAUAUGUGUAGUCUGUCUGGUGGUCAGGCCUAGGAGCCUGCCCCACCGCUAAAAGGUUUUCACUUGGAAUUUCCUUAACCUUUCCCCUCUCCCGUACUAGCUCUAAGCACUUAAUCUUUAUAUAUGUACCUAUCCACAUGUACAUAUGUAUGUACACGUGUAUGUAAAGCGAUAAAUAAAGUUAUAUAUACAUAUAUA